GAAACCGUUGCGAUGAAGUUGGAUGUAAAACAAGUGUAAACUUCAUGUGUGGUCAUGAGGCAGCGGCUGACGAUCGCGUGGAAUCAGAUGAUUCUGAUGGUCGGACAGGCGACGAGGAGAUGGACGAGGAGGGCGGUGAAUCUGAAGAUGACAGUGAAGCCAGUGACCCUACCAUCGACGAGGAGGACCUGCCAGAGGCGAACAUUCGAGAGCGUCCAAAGCGACAGACUCGUGGGCAGCGGACGGUCCUAGACGGCAAGGAGUUGCUGGACGACGAGGACUUUUGGGAUCGUGCAGAUUUCCAGGAUGCUUCAUCGGACAGCGAAUUUCAUCAGGUUGAUGAGGAGUCCUCCGAGUCUGAGGACUCAGACUUUAGCCGGGCAACAGAGGAAGAGCCAGAUGAGGAGAAGACGGCCAAGAAACGCCGCACGGGCAUGGCCCCUCCAGAGCCGUUUCCUGCGGCGGUUUCGCCGGCGGCUCCAGUACGAGCCCCCCGACGGAGGAUCAGAUAUCUACCUUCAGACAGGAGCUUGCGCCAGUCCACCGUGGAACAACGGCGUGGCUCGCGCGAACAGGAGCUCGUGGCGCAGGCCAAAGCGCCUAGCCGCAAGCCACUCAAGCCGAAGAGCUCGCUCACACAAGAAGCGCGACUUCAAGAGGCAGUUCGGACGGAGGAGAAGAGCAGGGAAGAGUUCAAGGCACUCCAGAGCCAGGAAGAUCAGCGCCGAGAGGCGCGGCGCCGGAGCCGGCGGAGGUCGGUGUUUGAAGGAGCACGGAUACGCUUCGUCUCCAAGCAAGUGCCUGUGGAUCAGACACCAGAUCUCAUUGGUGGUCGCCCAGGUGUCGAGAACUGCGUGGAGUUCAUCAACUGCGACUUUUCGGAUGUGUGUGGCAAGGAUCCUCGGUCGCUUGCCAUCCAGGAGGCUGAGCAUCCUUCAUCACAGGCAUCUCAAUCAGUUCGCGGUGAGAAGCUACGCAGCAGGAAGAGCGACGAGCAUAAACCAAGCGCGCCAUUCCAAGAUGUGGAAUGCCACUCCUUACCUUACACCAGGCUUUUCGUGGCACCGAGAUGCUCAGUCGCCUACUGUUUGUGGGUGCUUUGCAGCCUCCUACUGGUGGCGAUACCACUCUUUGCCACCUUUGCGACUGACAACGUUUGGGUGAAGGAAAGUUUCUACAGGGUGCAACCUGUCGUGUCCUUCACCAAUGAGCUCUUCCUGAUUGCUUCUGGGGAUACUGCAGAAAGUGCAGUUGGCUGGAGCACUCAAAAGUCUUUACAAAGCCUUUUGCCUCCAGAGGUCAAAGUACCUUUGGUACGUUCGAGCCAUGAAGACCCGAACCACGACAACAUUGCAGAGACCCUGAAGCUCCAAGUGGAGAUGCCAUCCACGGGCUUCCGAAGUCUUUUGCUCUUGGCCGUAUACAAUGUGCAGCUCCGGGGCAAGGUCUCCGAAGAGCUGACCGGCCUGGUGGCCUUGGACCUGACCAGUCCCUAUGCUGCAUCUGGCGUGUCCAUCUAUGGGCAACUGGUUUUUAGGCAGAAGCUUCCGCUGUUCCAAAGCUUCGAACAGCGCCGGCUUUAUGCCAGCAGCCCUUUGGAGGUCAACUGGAGGUCCAAUUGGAUCCCCGAGAACCAGCCAUUGACCCUGGAAGCUUUGCUGGGCCGCUAUGCGCAAAGGAAUGAGACCGCCGAUUUGCAGCAAUCGGUUCCAGCGAUUUGGGAUUACACGCCCAAAAGCAACUUUCAGAUCUCCGUGACCAUCGAAGUUCCGCCGCAGCUGGUCUACUAUGUCCCGAUGGCAUCGGAGGUCUUGAAAUUCGCUUGGAUGCAAUUCCUGGCCUUUCUCAUUCCAACUUGGGUCUUCUUGGAAUGGUUCAAGGCUGCUCUCGGUUCAGCUCUCGGCUUGGCCAGGGGGUGACCUUCGAUCAGAGGCUUGUUUCAACGUAUGUCGUUCCCCAAUUGCCCUAUGGGAAGAACGAUUGAGCGAAUUUGGAAUUAAGUAUUUAUUUCGAUGCGAGUGUUUGAUUGAUCAUUUAUGUACACGCGAUGCAGGGUGUUUGCCUGCGGAUGCGGGAAGUGGAUGCAACAGAUUUGUCAUGAUUUGUCA